AUGUUCGUCGGCAAUUGGAAACUACUCGGUCUGUGCCUCUGCUUGAGCCUGGAGCUGGGCUCCACGCAAAACGCCAGCCAUGUUGUCUGGGAGCCAAGUGGGAAUACGAGUAAACGAGAAGUGCCGAAUCAAUUGGAUUACGCUGGCACCAACAUAGCCAAGAGCUACGAUCCGCCGCCGGAAUUCUACCGGGGACCGGGCAGUACCAUCACCAGUCCGGCUUCCAGUUCCAUCUCUGGCGCGGGCACGUCGGGCUUGGCUGGUGCCCAGCUGGGCAGCGUGGGUGAAUCGCUGAGUGAGGCCUACAACAAGUGGAAGCAGAGCGCCGGACAGCACGAUCGCAUCAGCGUGGGUCACUUUGGCGGCGGUACAACGCAGACGGCGCACAUACAAACACCACACGGACAUGCCAGCUAUGCCUACGAGGGGCAUCCCUAUGAGUACGCCGGCGUAGGUGCUGGCCAUGGCAGCUACUAUGGCGGGAACAGUGGCGAGACGGGCAUUCCCUUCGAUGUUUAUGGCUCACGGCCGGUGCAUGGCAGCCAUCAUCAUAUCCACUAUCCGGGGCCCAGUGCAGGCGGCGAAUACGCCUACUUGGAGCCACACGAACUGGCCACUCACAAAGGUCAUCCGGAGCUGUCGCAGAAGGCGCUGCUAGCCAAGAGUUUUCUCAUUCCAUUAGCCAGCGCUGCGGUCCUGGGCAUUGCCGCUGCUUUGGUCAGUAAUCCGUUGCUGCUGCAGCUGGGCACAGUUUCGGGCUUAAGCGGCGGAUUCGUGCCGGCUGUGGGUAAGCGCAAGAGGCGUGCGCUACGAAAGGCCUAUGCAGCACAUAAAUAGCGGAUUUUAAAAUAC